GUGUGUGCGUGCAUGCCAGCAUCUGUCAUUUGUAUGCUUAUUUGUGUGUGUGUGUGUAUGUGUGUGUGUUAUACUUGCGUGUUUCUGUGAGUAGAGUAUGAGAGCUCUUUGAUGUUAUGAGAUAGUCAUGAGAUAAUGUUACCCAAAUGUUACCACUGUUAUUUGUAAAAGUUACUUAUAACCAUCAACACAGAUGAACUAUUUAACGUUUCAAAUGCUAGUUACAGACCUCUACUUUAUACAAUUACAGUGGCUUUACAAUUGUGAUUUCUCUGGGUCCUUGAGCUGCCUGAGAAGCUUCCCUCCCCCUGCACUACAUCAUGUCAUUUCUCACCCAUGUGCUGUCCUGCCUGUUCGGGAUUGGCUCCUGGGUGGCCAUCAACGGGAUGUGGGUGGAGCUACCCCUCAUCGUCUCGCGAAUCCCUGAAGGCUGGUACCUGCCCUCCUACCUGACAGUGCUCAUCCAGGUGGCCAACAUCGGGCCGCUGCUGGUCACCCUGAUGCACCGCUUCCGUCCGGGCGCGCUCAACGAGAACGCCGUCAUCUACGUCAUCGUGGCCCUGGGCACGCUGGCCAGCUUCCUCUUGGCUUUCUUCUGGCAGGACACGGUGGAGGUGUGGGGCGCCCCCCGCAGCGUGCCCCUCCUGGUCCUCACCCUCUUCCUGUCCACGGUGGACUGCACCUCCUCCGUCACCUUCCUGCCCUUCAUGAUGAGGCUCAAGCCCCAGUACCUCACCUCCUACUUCAUCGGGGAGGGCCUGAGCGGCCUGGUGCCUGCCCUCGCCGCUCUGAUCCAGGGUGUGGGCGUGGUACACUGCAGGAACCUCACCCGGAUGCUCAACGACACGUGGGGAAACUCCACGGGGACCGCCGGCUCGGAAGGGCUCCAGGCCAUAUACCAGCCUGCCAACUUCUCCGCCCAAGUGUUCUUCUUCUUUCUCACCGGGAUGAUGGUUGUGUGCCUGGUGGCCUUCCUGCUGCUUAACCACCACCCCGCUGUCGGCCGGGAGCGGCAGAAGAAGAGCCACUACCUCACCGGGGGGAUUGUGGCAGGGGAAAAGGGGGACCCUGCCUUUGGCCUGCACCACCAGCCCGAGCAGAAGCCCAUGAUCAGUUUGGAUGCUCCUCAGAAGGUGCCCCGCAGCUCCUUUGGGUCUGGGACCUACAGCUCUCCAGAGGUGGUGUUCAUCUUCGUGGUGUUAGCCUGGGUCAACGCCCUGACCAAUGCUGUGCUGCCUUCUGUGCAGUCCUACUCAUGUCUGCCCUAUGGGAAUAGGGCAUACCACUUGGCUGCUACCAUGGCUGCAGUGGCCAAUCCUGUGGCCUGUUUCAUCGCCAUGUUUGUGCCUAUAAGGUCACUGGCCUUGAUGGGCUCUCUCACUGUGACGGGUACGGGAAUUGGUGCUUACAUCAUGACCAUGGCUGCUUUGAGCCCCUGCCCCCUGCUGGUCCAUGACAGCGCAGGGACCAUACUGAUGGUUGGAGCCUGGGUGCUUUUUGUUCUGACACUGUCCUAUGUGAAGGUCAUCAUAGGGGUGAUCCUGCGUGAUGAGGGACACAGCGCCCUCGUGUGGUGUGGAGCUGUGGUACAGCUGGGCUCAAUGCUGGGAGCCUUGUCCAUGUUUCCUGUCGUCAGUGUGUACAACCUUUUUACGUCCGGGGAUCCAUGUAACACAAAAUGUCCAUUGGAGUGAUCUAGACAAUCUAAAUGAAAUGUGCUUCUGUAAUGACUCCAGAAAUUAUUGCCUUUAUAUUUUUGUAAGAAGUCGCGCUUUAGUGAUUUCAAUUACUUUUUGUCAUACCACCCCAAAAAACAUGUCUGGCAUAUCUCACUGAUCAUGGACCAUAGAGGGGAACCUUUGAGAGAAUUUGGUGUGUCCUUGGGGAGGUUAAAAAGGUAUAUUUGACCAGGUCAUGUUUGACUGAUUUGUUUUUGCUUCUGAUUUGUUUUUUUCCCCUUGCUCAAUCUGGGUUACGUCUUUAUGGUUACAAUAACCUCAGAUGCUCUACAUCAUCAUGCUAAAAGACUGUGCAUAGCCCAAAGACCAUGGAAACUCAUUGUGUUGUAGCAAAGUGUUUCAGUAGUUUUAAUAUUUGCAGUUUUUCUGAAGGAAAGAAAAAAGCACUGACAACUGUUUAUACUUGAAAGAUAAUAUGUCAAGUAGAGUUUUACUGUAUGUUUAGUGACUCAGCAUCAAUCUGAUAUGUGAUAUAUGAAAAUGUAUACGUAUGUACAUAAUACCUCAAGAAUAUUGCCUUAAGUCAACAUAUGGUUGUAAUUUGAAGAUUAUUUUUUACAUCGAAUCUGGUAAUAUAUGUAAACUAUAAUGACACUGGAACUGUACAGUCACAUAAUUUGUAUUACAUGUAAACUAGAAUAAUGUCUUUA